AUAAGGUCUGACCUAUCCGGUUGGUAAGUUUGCGCACAAUCUUACAUUCUUUCAAGUUUGCACAGUUCAUGCCUCGAACCACCCAACAAUACACGUUGCUCUACUACUUUUUUUUUUUUUUUUUUUUUUUCAUAUAUUGGCCACUAACAUUUUCGCCAACCCAGAACAUUAAAGUGAUUUUGAUAUGGCCGAAAUCGCCGAUUCUGAUCUUCCAGAUUCUUUAUCAUCGACCCCUCCUGGCUUUGUUGCGACUCCAACAUUGUCUCCUCAAAGCACAGAAGAGGAAGAUGAUGAUUCUAUUAUGACCGAGUCUUCUCCCAGUCUCCUACCACGUUCUCGACAUAUUUACGACCAAAACCCCCCGCGUAGCAGCAGCUCAGCUCCUCGUAUUAUAUCCUCCCCCAUAUCAUCUAACGAUUCCGAGGGAAUUGUAGAAUUCAUCGACCAUAUUUACCCUAACUAUUCCGAGGUAGACAGUGACGAUCUUCUCUUGGAUAACCCAUACGGUCCUAUGGGCAUCGAUGACGAUUUCUUUGAUGCGUAUGACUCAGAAGAAAGCCUAUUUGUAAACGACCGCCCCAACAGAGACGGUCAUAUCGAUAGAUUUAAUCAACUAUCUCCCGAUCCUUGGCCGAGCAGUCCGGAAGAGAAUAACGCUGUAGAAAACUAUAGAUCACCCGCGAUGGAUGGGUUUGGAGAGCUAGAGAACCUGAGAGACGAGUUGGUAGGGUUUGAGGUAGAGCGGGCUGGGAACCCCGCGGCUCGGAGACAAAGAGAGCAGCAGCCUCAAAGAGAACCCGAGGUGAUUGAUUUGACGGGUGAUAGUCCUGUUCAACAUGCACCUCGAAAUCGUUAUCAGACUCUUCGCGGACGACGUUCACUGCAGCGGGGCACCCCUCCUCGAUUAGAACGCAGCGAUGCUAGCUACAUGAAUUCUCAGACCGUCAUCGACCUCGUUUCGGAUUCCGACGACGAGCCCGCAAUAAUGCUACAGCCUAGACGAAGCAUCCCCCCUCCUCGCAAUCACCCUCAUCGCAUUCCUCCUCAUCGAAUUCCUCCUCGAGAGGAACUUAUGCGAAAUCAAAAUCGACUGCGGCAACAAUUGCAACCGGAUAUCCUGCCUGGCCGCAACGCUUUGGAUCAGAUUCAGCAUCUCAUGAACCACAUUCCUUUCCUUCGUCUCCUCAAUAAUCAAAACCCCAUGGCAAACAACCACGACGAUGAUCUAGUCUUGCUAGGUCAUCGUAAUGUAAUGCAAGAGGGGAUACCGCAACCCAACCUUGCCCCGGUGGACCUCGACUAUGACGCUCAUCCUUUUCCGAUGCCGCAGCCCGCGCCAGUAGGCGCUAGUCCGAAGCCUGCACAUGAACCUCCGAAAGAGACAAGACCGGGAUUUACGAGAGACACGGGCGAUGAUGUCGUAGCUAUCUGUCCCAGUUGCGACCAGGAGUUAGCAUAUGACCCGGAUGAUGAUGCGAGCAAUGCAGCUACACCUUCCAGAAAAGCUCGGACGAAAAAAGACAAGGCCGAGCAUCAUUUUUGGGCCGUUAAGGCGUGCGGACAUGUCUACUGCAGGAAGUGCUACGAGUACCGCAAAUCCACGGGCAAGAACCGCGUCCCCGUAGGUUUCCGACCUGAUCCCAGCGGCGCCAAGAACAAGUUGAUCUGCGCCGUUGAAGACUGUAGCUCGGAUGUGAGCGCGAAGGCCGCGUGGGUCGGCAUCUUCCUAUGAUGCGUUGUCUUCACAUUACUCCUCCGAGUCGAGUCGAUUUGGUCUGGUUCGGGGAUGCUGGAUACUCAGCUCAACCCAAUUUUACGGCGUGGCGAUAAUUCUCCAGUACUCAUAUUUGCAUCAUAAGGCGUUCCGAUAAGGCAAAGGUAUAAAGGUGGGAAUGAGGGUCGGAAGGGAACUCAGUAAGGUCGAUAUCCUCACACGUUGUUUGUAACUACUUUUUCUUUACCAAUUUUCCCGCAUGGUCUGCGGCGUUUGUAUUCUUACAGACUCAGACUUGAUUGCACUUACUAGCCUCCCCAUCAUAUCCAAGACUUGAGGUCGAUCGGCUUAGGACGAGAUGCAGUGGAUAGAUAUGGUAGAUGGGUAAGGUGUGUUUUACCUACUUAGGUCGCGUCACGCUGCACUCUGGCCUAUAAGGUAGCCCAUAAGAGGCUUUCAGCUAGCCUACAUAGGUAGGCAAUAGACGCAUCGUUGUAUUCCGAAAGUAGGCCCGCCAAAGCUACGACUUGUAUUUCUAAUGACUUAUUUUCUACCGACGUGUUUGAAGUGUGCUAAAUUCACGGAAGGACAAGGCUGCCUGCCCUAGGUACCUCCCAAAGCAUUACAUAUAAGAGAGUAAAAUAAAAUAAACAACUCGGGCUAAGAGGUAAGGCAAAUAAACGAUAAACGUAUUCCAAG